CUCAGUGUGUCUAAGGCACUCACAUUGAUAAGGUCACUAUCUACUCUGAAGCAACGCAACCAUGACGCGCGUGAUGUUCCUGGCGGCGAUCGCUGCUUUCGCCAUCUGUGCUGAGGCAGCUUCACUGGGUAAUCAAGGAUCUCAAGAGGAACUACACCGAGCAAAGCGUCAGUUCUCUUGGUCUAGCAAUCAAGACAUAACACAAAUCGGUGGAGAAGAGAGCGGCGGAGAGCAGAUUGUCCAUUCCCACAACACUUUCCUUGGCAAUACUCAGAAGGUCAGACAGCUGGCAACAGCAGACAAUAACAAGCAGUUUGUGCAUCAAGGCUUUUCUCUGUUCGGCCCCAGUGUACAAGAAGUCGAGCAGAUUGCUACGGGGGGAGGUUACCAACACCAGACUAUCAGUCAAAGGGGAAGCUUCUUUGGGAGUACUAAACACAAGUAUAUUCAGAGGGGAGGAACUAAGCAGGUGAUUAUUGGGAAGUAAUCCAGGAGAGGAAAAAUAUUUUUUUAUGAUUUCUUUAAGUCAAAUCAAAUUAUAGUCAACGUUUAUCUGAACCAAAUACACUAUCCCUAGCA